AUGGCGGAGCACUUAGCAUCGAUAUUCGGGACGGAGAAGGACCGCGUGAACUGCCCGUUCUACUUCAAAAUCGGCGCCUGCCGUCACGGAGACCGAUGCUCGCGCCUCCACACCAAACCCAGCAUCAGCCCCACGAUCCUCCUCUCGAAUAUUUACCAGCGUCCCGAUAUGCUCACCACACCUGGCCUUGAUAUCCAUGGAAACCCAAUUGAUCCCCGUAAGAUGCAGCAGCAAUUCGAGGACUUCUACGAGGAUCUGUUCGAGGAGCUGAGCAAAUACGGCGAGAUUGAGAGUCUGAACGUCUGUGACAAUAUCUCUGACCAUAUGGUUGGUAACGUGUACGUGCAGUUCCGAGAAGAAGAGCAAGCAGCAAAUGCACUUCGGGGUCUUAGAGGAAGAUAUUAUGCAGGUCGGGAGAUUAUGGUUGAUUUCUCCCCUGUGACCGACUUCCGUGAAUCUACAUGCCGACAGUACGAGGAGGACACCUGCAAGCGUGGUGGACUCUGCAACUUUAUGCACCUUAAAAGCAUUAGCAGGGAACUGAGGAGGGAGUUAUAUGGAAGGUACAAUAACAGGCAUAGCCGUAGUAGAAGUAGGAGCCCGUCAAGACAUCAUAGUCACAAAGAGCGGUCUCAUGGAAGGCAUAGCCGUAGCAGAAGGUAUGAUGAUGAUGAUGAUUAUAGUGAAAGCCGAAGGGGGAACAGAAGAUACAGGAGCAGAAGCAGAAGCAGAAGUCCUGGUGGAAGGAGACAGAGAAGUCCUGUGAGGGAAGGGAGUGAGGAAAGACGUGCCAUGAUUGAUAAAUGGAACAGGGAGAAAGAAGAGUCUGAAAAUGCAAGUAGGAGCAGUGAAGGAGCUGAUAACAGAGUAAACGACAAUUGCAGCUACACGAGGAAGAGCCGCUAUAACGAACGGUCUUCUCAACAAGAAGGCUAUUGA